AUGACACAGAUGUCAGCAGCUACCAUAAACGAAACUUAUGAAAAAGUUCCAGUCGAAAAAUUUCAAAAUGGUUACAUCGCUCUACGCGUUCACGUCUAUUUUGCUGUUGCGCUUGGAAGAGACCACGUGUUCAUGACUUACAAGAGGAAAAAAUACCACCUCAACGAUAAACAUCUUAAAAAACGUUGGAGGACUAAGAGAAGAAAGAAAGAUCUGGAUGAGAUCGAUGAGGAUUUGAAAGAAGAAAAUGCUGAAAAAUUGUUAAAGCAAGAAGUCGAUUUUGAUAAGCCAGGAAGUGCACAAUUUUACUGUCUGCACUGUGCGAGGUACUUCAUAGACAACCAAGCCUUGACCGACCACUUCCGCACGAAGGUGCACAAGCGACGUCUGAAGGCCUUGGAACUGGAGCCCUACACCGUCGAGGAGUCCGAGAGAGCGGCAGGAAAGGGUAGUUUCCAGCUCCCCAAGAAACGCAAGAUUGAAACGCAGGCCGAACAGCCGGUUUCCAAGGAGAGUGUUCAUGAUGAUGGAGAUGUAGAUAUGUAGAGAUUAAAUACACUUUUCUUUCA